AUGAUAUGCAAAUCAGACUGCACUAGUCAUGUCCAGAGGUGCUGCGCUGGGUCAGAAGCUGCAUCAAGUUGCUGGCAAAGGAUUUCUGUUAGGGGAUCAGGACCUUCCGACAGAACAGUAAUGGGCCAAUCCUAUUUAACUCAGCAGAAUUUGUCAGACAACCACACUCUCCUAGGGAACGUGGCAAAGAAUGUGUCUUGUGAAAAGUGGCUGGCAGCGGAGGUUGCCCUGGAAAAGUACUACCUUUCCAUUUUUUAUGGUGUUGAGUUCAUUGUGGGAGUCCUUGGGAAUAGCACUGUAGUUUUUGGCUACCUCUUCUGCCUGAAGAACUGGAAUAGCAGUAACGUCUAUCUCUUUAACCUCUCUAUCUCUGACUUGGCUUUCUUGUGCACCCUCCCCAUGCUGAUGAACAGUUAUGCCCAGGGAAAAUGGACAUAUGGAGAUGUGAUGUGCAUUAGCAAUCGCUACGUACUUCAUGCCAACCUGUACAGCAGCAUUCUUUUCCUCACUUUCAUCAGCAUCGAUCGCUAUCUACUCAUGAAACACCCCUUCCGAGGACACCUUCUGCAGAAGAAAGAAUUUGCUGUUUUAAUCUCUUUGGCCAUUUGGGUUUUAGUGACCUUAGAGCUUGUGCCGAUGCUUCUUUUUAUAAAAACUGUUUCCAAUGACACUAGCACCAGAUGCAAUGAUUAUGCAAGUUCUGGGAACCCCAAAUACAGCUUCAUUUACAGCAUGUGUCUGACCUUCUCGGGAUUCCUCUUUCCUCUUUUCGUGAUGUGCUUCUUUUAUUUCAAGAUUGCUGUCUUCCUAAAGCAGAGGAUCAAGCAGCAGGUCACCACUGCGCCCUUGGAAAAGCCUCUCAACUUAAUUAUAUUGGCAGUUGUGAUCUUCUCUGUGCUUUUCACUCCCUACCACAUCAUGCGGAAUGUGAGGAUUGCUUCCCGCCUGUGGGACUGGAGGAAGCCCCCGUGCACUGAAGCCAUCGUCAACUGCUUAUACAUCGUGACUCGGCCAUUGGCCUUUCUGAACAGCGUCAUCAACCCUGUCUUCUACUUCCUUGUGGGAGAUCACUUCAGGGAGAUGUUGGUAAAUAGACUGAGGCACCACUUCAAAUCCCUUCCAUGCUUUAGAAAAUGAGCUAAUGGACUGAUGUCUUCAUUCAGCAGAAGAAAACAAAGGCCUGUGGGACGGAAUGUGUUACACAAGCAGCUGUAGGCCAGUGAGAGUUGGGUUAACUCAGUUGUAAAUCAGAGAGGGUCACAGAUCUGCCCCUGAUUUAAAGACACGGUGUCCUCACAGUACAUACUAAGAAGAGGAUGAGAGAAAUGUCUUUGUUCACAUACAAACUGAAAGAAGUUGCACUAGCAUGAAUGUUUGGGCAUGUAAAUCCAAAAUGCUAGGUGUAAUAAUACCUCAAUCAGUGCAAGAAGAAUAGGAGAUGAAUAAAGCAGCAAGUUAUCUACAUUUAGUCACUGGUCGGACUGUAAAAAGAAAUUGUUUGGGCAACAUUCUUUGUUAUUCUUAUUCAUACUAUCAUAACUUUAUGUGAUAAUUGUAUAGCAAAUUAUAUAUACAUUAUUAAAUAUUGUUGUUAGAAGUUGUGCUCUUAAGAAAAUUUAAAGUAAAUAGUAGCAAUAAUGAGCAAGAAAGCAAUAUAACAAGUUCAAGGAUGUCUAUAUAUUCCUGAUAGUGAUCAUGAAUUGGGUCAACUUUUAAUUUAUCAGUCCUUUCAGGUUGUAUAGUUUAUAGUAUAAAUAAUCAUAUUAAGUAGAGAUUUUAACAAAGGGAAAUGUUUGAACUUGACUGUAAGGGAAUUCAGAUGUAAGUAGAGAUACCAAGAAAAGUUGCAAAACCCUAGAGUUAUUGAACACAAAAUGCCUAUCAUGAAACUCAAAGCAAGACAAACAACACAAAAGUGAGUCUACUGUGUGAUGAUUGUGCCAUCUGGCAUCUAAUUAUCACACUUUGAUCGUCACUGCAUGCCAUGAUAUUAAAGUUUAUUAGCCUGGCUGCUCUUGAUUAAAUAGUAAGCUUUAAAGUAUAUUAAUAUCAUAAAACCAGCAAAUAAAAGGAAAUGUCAACACAGGAAUUUGUUAGGUAACAUUCCUUUUUGGAGAGAAAAUCACAGUUUAUCUCCCACUCUCCUAUUAAUCUGUAAGCCUUGGGAAAAUUUACAAGGACAACUUUAUCUUACAGUCACUCCCAUCUGGAGAGAGCCUUCUUUCCAUAGGACAUUGCCGAAGACCAUUGGAGGAAACAUGCUAAACAAAACACACUCUGAGAAACUGUAGAAUACAAGGAAUAUUACUGUGCAUAUCAAUAUAGAUUAUGUCAGGAGGGUUAGACACCAUUUCACACCACAAAACAAAUUUAGGGAAAAAUAUUGCUACAUUAACUUUUUAAAUAAUAAUUCACUUACCAUAUGCAAUAAAAUGUAUCUAUGCCAUAAGUCAACAUUCUCUUCCUUGAUGUCAGUAGUUACAGGGGGUGAGUAAUACCAAGGAGAAAAAUAAACAUUAUGAGUGCAGAGGCAUAAAACUGCAUUGUCCUUCUUGUUCUAAGACACUGUGAUACUAUUGUAUUCUAUUACAUCUGAAAACCCAAAACAUUCCCAGUUAAUGCUUUGACACUUCAAGCAACUGAAAAGUUAUGAAAAAAAAAUGCUCACAAAAGAUGUAUUUUCUAACCUAGAAUCAGGCUUUUCAGAUUUUUUUAUGCCUUGCCUUUGUUAUUAAUACUUCAAAAUUUCAGUGUGAUUUUGUAACUGUCUGGCAAUAAACUGAAAACAGAAUCUUCUGAAUUUCCUCAUCAGAAAAGGCCAUAAAAAAGGCUUUAGGGAAGAAGUAUUUCCCUAAAGAUUCUUUCCCUAAAGUAUUUCCCUAAGAUUGCUUAUUUCUGCAAUCUUAACAUACAAUUUCAUUGUAAUUUGUCAUUUAUGCAUGAGCUUUAAUUUGUAAAGAUGAAAUUAAACUUGCCCACCUGCACCCCAAACAGUAGCAGGAUUAGACUCUUUCCAAUAGUACAGUGAACUAUUUCGUAAAACCAUUAACUCUUACAUAUACCUUGUAACUAAAAUGUUAAGUAAUUUCAUAGCAGUUUCUUCAUUUUUUUCUUGCUCAAAUCUAUCAUGUGGUAACUGAAUCCUUAACAGACUAAACAGACCUGCACUAAAAUUAUAAGAGCUAUUCCCUUUGCAUUUUGUACUAGGUAAUCACAAGAAUCACAAACUAUAAAUAAUGGAAAUCCUUUUGGAGCUUGUUGUAUUCAGAGGAAAUAAAACUGGGUGUUUGUGCCUUGUAUUUUAAUUGGCUCCUUAGUAUAUUCAGAAUCAUGUCUAAACUAUCUGGUCCAGCAUUUUGCCAUCUAAACCCUCUUAUUCUUCACACAUUAUGUCUUGCCAUUGUUGUCACAAACUACAUCCUCCAGUCAAAGACUGCUACUUUUUUCAUUAUAUUCAGAAAUCUCUUCAGAGCGUGUACCUGGAUGCUCACCCCCACUGUAUCAUGCACACAUGUGAAAAAAUUAAGUGUUUUUUAAGAUCUACCACAGCUAUCUCUCCUUCUUAAAUCAUUCUUUUAUAUCUUCUCCUCCCCAAAUCUGGAAGUCAAUCUGUCUACCUCUGGGGCUUCAAAGUUCUUUU